UAUUGUCUCAUUCUGUCGUCGACUCGGAUCGCGGUCAGUUGGGCCCUCGACAGGCUCGGUUUGAUCUGCUCUCCCCUUAAAAGGCGUCGUCACGACGACUCGGUCCCACCGUCCGGCCAAUCAGCCAAUCAGCCAGUCGGCCAGCCGGACAGCCGGACAGCCGGUCGACCGGUCAGCCGCGACGAACACGCCUCUUGUUUGGACCACUCGCGGGCCACACUGCCACCGGGCCUCUGCCGCAUUACUCAUCGCUCGUCUUUCCACAUUCCAGCCGCCACUCCAACCCUCACCACCCUCGCC